AUGAUACUCAAACCCGGUGUCGUGAGAGCAUUGCCCAGCGAUGAAGGAGAUGCGACAAUCUUCCCGCAGACCAACAUCGCCAUCUGGGUCCUGACGGCCGCCUCGGGCGCCUUCCUCGCCCUCCGCCUCGGCUGCCGCCAGCGCUUCUCCAAGCUGUGGUGGGACGACGGUUUGCUGUCCUUGUCAUGGCUGAUCCUGUUGGUUGCGGCCGCUCUCCUGAGCCGCACCAUCUCGGCCGGGUACGCCACCGAGGAUGCAAAGCGCACCUUCUUCCUCUACCAGAACACGUCAAACUGCAUGACGACCCUCGCGACCGCCUGGUCCAAAGUCGCCUUCGCCAUCACCCUGUCCCGCAUCGUACGAAACCAGUACCUGCGCUACUUCCUCUGGUUCGUCAUGGUGACGGCCAAUCUGAUCCUCGUCAUCGCCAUGGUGGCCAUCUGGAUCCCGGCUUGCACCGACCCGAGAAGGGUCCUCCGGCCGGAGCAUACCCGAUGCCUCGACCUCAAAGUCCUCCAGUACCUCGGCGGCACAACCAUUGUGUACGGCGGCGUCAUUGACGUCUUGCUUGCCCUCUUCCCGUGGUUCAUCAUUCGAAAACUGCUGUUGGACACGCGCGAGAAGUUGGGUCUCACGCUCGCCAUGAGCCUCGGUGCCAUCACAGGCACCGUCGUCAUUUUUCGCGCCUUUUUCACGCUCAGGGAUAUCGACAACAACUACCACAAUGUCGUUUUCAUGUCCAUCUUCAACUUUUUAGAGCCGGGUAUCACCAUCAUCGCCCAGGCCAUCCCAAUGUUCCGCGUCCUCCUGGUCAAUGUCAGGAAGAACUCCAAUGCUGUCCGCAUCAGCUCGCCAUCAGGCGUCCACCCGUCGGGCUCGGUGCAACAUCGGACAUGGAACAGCAAAGCCCGGGAUCGUCAUCGCGAGCCGGACGAGGAGCUGUUCCAGGUCCGUGUCGGCCCAGGCGGCAGGAUCAUUCAAUUGGCAGGCCCUGACGAUUCCGGGAGUGAUAAGCUCGAUGAUACAAAGUAG